AUGCGGUCCACUUUCUUCGCUGCUCUCGCUCUGGCCUUUGUCACUGGCACUCACGCUCUUGUCGCUCGCCAGUCCGGAGGAAGCUCUAGCAGCUGCACAUGUGGAGACAACUCCUACUCGGGAGAUGACAUCUCCAACGCCAUCAACCAGGCUGAGGGCAGCGGCGGAGGUGAUUACCCUCACCAGUACCACGAUUACGAGGGCUUCUCCUUCCCUUCAUGCUCGGGCACGUUCUACGAGUACCCUCUGGAGAGUGGAUCGACCUACACUGGUGGUUCGCCUGGCGCCGACCGCGUCAUCUAUGAUGACAGCGAUAACUUUUGUGCCUGCAUCACCCACACCGGUGCCUCGGGCGACGACUUCGUCGAGUGCAGUUAA